GAUCCCUUUCUUCUUUAUUUAUUUAUUUAUUUUUAUUUUUCCUUUCCUCCUUUUCAGAAAUUGCUUGUUUUGUUUACUCAUCGGUGGAAUCCGGAAAGGAGUUCAGCCAGGAGAGAGAAGGGAGAAGAAAAUGGAUUGGCCCGUGGUUUCUUACUCUUCUUCGUCUGUUACACGGUUGUUUAUGGAAUGGUAGAUAUAGGGUUCUGAAGGAGCACAUUUGUCUAGGUGUGAAGGUCAGGAUUGGUGAUCCUGUAUCAUUGCCUUCUUGCAAUGGGAAAGUCUCCAGGAAAAUGGUUAAAAACAUUACUCUUUGGGAAGAAAACAUCCAAAUCUAAUUUAUCAAAAGGAAGGGAGGUAUCGCGAACUGGAAAUGAGAAAGAGGCUUGUAUUGCUGCUAAGGCACCAAUUGCUGAUUCAGCUGUUGAUCCACCAUUGGUUUCACACCCAGCACCUGGCACUAUAGAUAGACGUGGGGGCAACUUAGAGCCAGAAAAGGGUGUUGUUUUACCACAUGAUGGGGAUGUUUCAUUGCCUGGAUCUCAAGAUAAAGAUCAAGAAAGAAACACAGGAUCUGGUGGACCAAAUGAUCCAGAAAGAAUCCGGCAGGAGAAAGCUGCUACAAAGGCACAGGCUGCUUUUAGGGGCUAUUUGGCUCGGCGGGCAUUUCGGGCUCUUAGGGGUAUCAUAAGGCUGCAGGCGCUUGUUCGUGGCCACUUGGUGAGGAGACAAGCUCUUGCUACUUUACACUGUAUGCGAGGAGUUGUAAAGUUACAGGCAUUGGUUCGUGGUCGAAGAGCAAGACUUUCUGAUACCGUUCUCAAAGUGCAUAAAAAAUAUAGACUUGUAAAGGCUCUGGAUAGUAAGCAAUUGGAGUCUUUUGGAUGGACAGAAAAGCCAUCAGAAAAUGCUUUUGUUUGUAAGAUUCUAGCUUCAUCAUCUGUUGCAAUGCCUCUUCAUCUCCAGUAUGGUUUAGAUGAGCCCAAUUCAGCCUGGAACUGGCUAGAUCGAUGGACAUCAUUUCGUUUUUGGAGACCGCUUCCACAGCCCAAGAAGGUUGCUGAUUCAAAGUUGCAGAUAAAGCAGGUUAAUGUUCAAAAUGCAGAAACUGAACCAGGCAGGCAAAAACGCAGUGUACGUAGGUUUGGUUCAGGAAGUGUUGACAAUGGGCCAACCAAUUCCAACUCUGAAUCUGAAAAGCCUAAACGCAGCCUGAGGAAAGUUACAAGCCAUCCAGUAGAUGCAGUACAAGAACAUCCACAGAAUGAGGUUGAGAAAGUUAAACGUAAUUUAAGAAAGGUUUCGAACUCCACGGUAGAGGUUCCUGAUCGCAUAGAGGUUGAAAAUGAAAAGCCAAAGCGCAGUGUGAGAAAGGCACCGAGCUCUAUGGCUCCUGAGGUUUCAGAUCAAGGCAUGAGAGAAUCUGCUGAGAAAAUGAAGAAAGAUACAAUGGUUCCAGAGUCCAAACAGCUGAAUGUAGAAACAAGCCCAAAACCAUUGACACCAGAUGGACCAACUUCUGUACUAAACAAUGAUCAUCCUGUGGUUGAGUUAGAACUUUUACAGAGCAACGGGAAAGAUGAGAAUGUUCAUCUGACAAAUGAGGAGUUGAUCUCUAAAGAGGACCCAGCUAGCAAUGAGAACCAGAAAACUAGCAGGAGGAGAGCCUCUUUCCCAGCAAAGCAGGAUUACCCAGAGAAUGGUUUACAGAAUACUCCGUCAUUGCCAAGUUAUAUGGCAACAACUGAAUCUGCCAAGGCAAAGCUCAGGGCACAAGGUUCCCCAAGGUUUGGCCAUGAUGGGGCUGAGAAGAAUGGGUUCACCAGGCGGCAUUCUCUGCCAUCCUCCACCAAUGGCAAACUGAGUUCGGUGUCACCACGGACACAGAGGCUGGUUCAAGCAAGUGGCAAAGGGGGAGUUAGAAGUGACGGAUCACUAUUAUCUUCUAGAGAUGGUAAUGAGAAAAUCAUCCAAGCUGAAUGGAGGAGGUGAUGCAUUUUGGGGAAUAUUCGGUUUUAAGGACAAGUUAUUUAAGUUGGUAAUAGUGCUUACUGGUGUAUACUUUCAUUUAUCCUUGUGGUGUAAAAUUCUAUUGUAAAACCUGGAAUUGGAGUGGAGAAAUAACAGGUGUGGUAUUCGUAAAGCAUAUCUCCUUGUGUUCCUGGGUUUUGGGUGUUUUGAGCGUGUAUAGUUACGGGGCUUUAUUUUAUGGUUUGGUUUCAUUUAGGCAUGUUUGUGUUUCUUUUUGUCCCCACUGAUGUAAUAGAGGUGCUGACUGCUAAUGCCCUUGAACAUGUAAUGCAUACCUAAUUGAAAGUUGAAAGGCUUGGCUUCUCCCUCGAAAUUGGAAUCUUAACUUUGUUGUUUGGGUUGUAUAUGGUUGUAGUUGUAUGUAUUAACGUCCAUGACAGUAAUGCUUUCUGCAGUCUUUUUUCUUA